CUCCAAGUAAAUGAUAACAGAAUUUUCAUUUUUGGGUGAAAUUUCCCUUCAAGACUAAAAGAUGUCUUUAAAAUUAAGAUACUAAUACUGAUGCACUCGAGCUGUAAGUUGGCAACAUAACAAUACUUUGGCAAAAAUGCAUACUCAAUGGAUUGUUUUUGUGUUGUUAUGUGCUUUACAGUAAUGUAAACAUGGCCGGACAAAGGGAAUCUCUCAAAACCAACAAUGUGGAACCUUAGACGUCAGUCUUCGAACGAGAUAAAAAGGUAUUUAGCAAGAGAUCAGGCCGCUCUUAUAGAUCAGCGAGCUAAAAUUAGACCUGGUCCAUGAGGUUUAAAUGCUGCCAACACUUUCACCGUUUGUUGUUGUUAUAUCUGCAACGGUUUACAGUCGAAGCUUAGGACCCCGUUCGAUUAGCAUAAUGUCAGGAAAAUGAAAAGCCAUUGGUGACAACUAACUGGAUUAAGGACUCUUGAAUGAGGAGCUGCCCGGAGUGUAACCAACGGUGAUGUGAGAAGGAUUUCCCUUUGUCGGUUCUUUGCCUGUGCUUUCCUGGCCUUCCAGCUAAUCCUCAGCUAUUCUCACCAACGACCUUGGGCUCAUGCUAAUCUGACUGUAGAGAGAGAGAGAGAGAGGGAGAGGGAGAAAGUCUACCUACCUUUAAACCUUCAGAGCCUAAUUCUGCUCAUGUUAUGGGGACUUUGGAUGAAGAACAGCGUCUGUCUGAUGCUUGCGGUUGCUCGGGUAUGAACGGCGUCGUGUGCAGCAGUCAUGCUCUGUGAGGAGUCUUCAGCUGGGCUCAAGGCUGCUCUGGAUUCUCUGGAUACUGAGACCUCCACAGAUCCUGUGCAGGAAGUCAUUCAUAGCAGCACGUAUGUGUCCUCUGUGAUCCCUGCACAUGUGGGCAUCAGUCUGAACAGCGAGGAGCCGUUCUGUCGUAUCUGUCAUGAAGGCAGCAGUGCGGGCGAUCUGUUAUCCCCCUGUGAGUGUGCCGGGUCCCUGGCCAUGGUGCACCGUGUUUGUUUGGAGCACUGGCUCACGGCCUCCGGCACCAGCCACUGUGAGCUCUGCCACUUCGAGUUCUCUCUGGAGAGACUUCCUAAACCACUCACUGAGUGGUUCACUACACCGUCCAUGCAGCACCAGAGGCGGACACUGUGUGGGGACGCGAUCUGUUUCCUGCUCAUCACACCAUUAGCCAGUCUGUCAGGAUGGCUGUGUGUGCAGGGAGCCAUGGAUCUAUACUACAGCAACAGCAUGGAGGCCAUCGGACUCAUAGUUCUCACACUGACACUCUUCACUAUUUACCUCUUCUGGACUGUUGUAUCCCUCCGUUACCACGUUCACCUUUUCAGGACGUGGAAUGCGACGAAUCCCAGCGUCCGGCUGCAGAUUCCCUGCCCUGUGAAGACACAGCAGAAACAAAAACACCUAACGAUGCACUUCUUGUGCAAAAACCAUAAAAAGGAGACCAUGGUGUAAUGCCGGCGACAGCAUCAGGAAUAACAAAAAGCUCAACGGUUAUUUCAGACACCCUGAUUUCAUGAUGUCAUGAUUUUGUGUGAAGCCCACACUCAGAUUUGGAAUUGAAGAGAUGCCCUAAUUUGGAGUGAUACCAUCAUUUUGAGAGCGAUUUGGAGUGAUGCCAUUCUGAUUUGAAGUGGUGUUUUUACUUGUGUUCACUUGAGUUUCUAAAUAACGGAAAACUCUGAAGAAGAAACUUUUCAGUCAUGAAAUUUCAACGAAACAUUGGAAAAGCACAUCAAACUACUGGAAAGGAACAUGCCUUCAUAAUUAUUGCAGAGAACAAUGGUGUUGAGAUGAUAGCGAUUGAACUAUUUAUACCCACAGGUUUUACUUUACAAGAUUGUUUCAUAAUUAUUCAGAAGAAUAUAUAUAUAGGUAAAUAGGUAAGACAAUCAUACUGAUAUGCAGAUCAUUUCAUUACUGUUUUUUCAUAAUUCAUUACCGGAAUUAUAUAGAAAAACCCAAAUUUGCUUUAAAAACUUGUACCAUUGUGUGUGCAAAUGUCACAUCAGAAUAUCCAACCUGAUCUCAUGAUAAAAUAUAGACUAUUGGUCAAAGGUUUGUGGUCAGUAAGAUUUUUUUUUUUCAUGAAUUAAUACUUUUAUUCACAGAGGGUGCAUUAAAUCUAUCAAAAGUGACCGUGAAGACAUGUAAUAUGUUGUAAAAAAUUUCUGUUUCAAAUAAAUGCUUUUCCUUUUUA